AUGGCGGGCGAUGGCCGCGGCGCGCGCGCCCCCCUGCUCGAGUGCGGCGGCCACGCGCAACCGCACAAAGCGCCGGCGGCCCGCUGCUGCUUGUGGCUCGCGAGCCACAUAAACGUAAGGAAGUGCGUCGCCGGCGUCAUGCUGCUCUCCGUCCUCACGAUAUUCUUCUACACGUAUUACGUCACCGUGCCGCUGACAAGCCUAGUGUGGCGCGACCGCGUGCCGCGCCCGCUGUCGCAGUGCUCUCUGCUCGCUUCCGACCAGCACGCCCGCGACCACACCUCGGACGCCCGCCUCCGGAUCGACGCGAAGGUACUGGUCAUCGUGGAGUCGGCGUACUCGCGCCUCGGCCGCGACAUCGCCGAGCUCCUCGUCGCCAACCGGAUUCGGUACAAGGUGGAGGUGGCCGGCAAGAGUCUGCCGGUCCUAACGACACUGGACAAGGAGCUGCUGGACAAGUACUGCCGGGAGUACUCGGUGGGCGUCGUCGGUUUCGCGACGCCCGGCGAGGAGACCCUAGUGGGGGCGCAGCUUAAAGGGUUCCCGCUCUUCAUGCACACCAAUCUUAGACUCAAGGACGCCACUCUGAACUCGGCGUCGCCGGUUCUGCGUCUGUCCCGCGCCGGUGAGACGGCGUGGGGCGCCCUCCCAGGGGAACAUUGGACCGUCUUCCGGGCGAACAGUACCACGUACGAGCCCGUCGCGUGGGCCAUGAGGCAGAACGAGUACGGCUCGAGCGAAGACCGGGUACCGUUGGCGACCGUGAUCCAAGAUCACGGAAGGUUGGACGGAGUCCAACGGGUCCUUUUCGGUUCCGGGCUGCAGUUUUGGUUGCACCGUCUGCUGUUCUUAGACGCCUUGAGCUAUCUGAGCCAUGGACAGUUGAGCCUGAGCCUGGACCGGUGGAUCCUUGUUGACAUUGACGACAUCUUUGUCGGUGAAAGAGGCACUCGUCUCCAUGAAGAGGACGUGUCGGCCCUGCUAGCGUCUCAAGCCGCUCUGCAGCGUCUCGUCAGCGGGUUCAGGUUCAAUCUCGGCUUCAGCGCGAAGUACUACCACCACGGGACCCCACUCGAGAACCGUGGUGACGACGCCCUGUUGCGUCACAGGGAGCAUUUCACUUGGUUCUGCCACAUGUGGAACCACCAGCAGCCGCACCUCUACAGCAACGUGUCCCAACUGGAGGCGGAGAUGAUGCUGAACAAGCAGUUCGCCAUCGAGCACGGGAUCCCGACCAACUCGUGCUACUCCGUGUCGCCGCACCACUCCGGCGUGUACCCGGUGCACGAGCCGCUGUACGAGGCCUGGAGGAAGGUGUGGGACGUGAGGGUCACCAGCACCGAGGAGUACCCGCACCUGAGGCCAGCCAGGCUGCGCCGGGGUUUCCGACAUAGGGGAGUGAUGGUGCUCCCGCGUCAGACGUGCGGCCUGUUCACGCACACGCUGCUGCUGGAACGCUACCCUGGCGGGAGGCAGCGGCUCGACCGCUCCAUACAGGGAGGGGAGCUGUUCCAGACGGUUAUCAACAAUCCGAUCAACAUCUUCAUGACGCACAUGUCGAACUACGGCAACGACCGGCUGGCGCUGUACACGUUCGAGUCCGUGGUGAAGUUCCUGCGCUGUUGGACCAACGUGAGGCUCGCCUCCGCGCCGCCCCUUGCCCUGGCCAACAAGUACUUCCAGCUGCGGCCGGACGAACUAAAUCCGCUGUGGGGGAACCCGUGCGAUGACCCCCGCCACCGACGCAUCUGGUCGAAGAGCAAAUGGUGCGAAACGCUGCCUCGGGUGCUGGUCAUCGGUCCCCAGAAGACCGGCAGCACAGCGCUGUACACCUUCCUCUCGAUGCACCCGGCUCUGGUAGCCAACUUGCCCAGCCCUACCACCUACGAGGAGUUGCAGUUCUUCAACAACAACAACUACUUGAAGGGCCUUGACUGGUAUCUGAACUUCUUCCCGGCCAGUCUGGGCAACUCCACUCAGAUGUCGUUCGAGAAGUCGGCCACUUACUUUGACGGCGAGCUGGUGCCGAGGCGCGCCCACGCUCUUCUGCCGACGGCCAAAAUCAUCGCAAUUUUAAUAUCGCCGUCCAAGAGGGCGUACUCGUGGUACCAGCACAUACGCUCUCAUGGGGAUCCUGUUGCCAAGAACUACACCUUCCACACGAUCAUCACCGCAAACGACUCCGCCCCAAAAAUGCUCAAGGACUUAAGGAACCGAUGCCUGAACCCGGGUAAGUACAGUCACCAUCUCGAGCGCUGGCUGGCGGAGUACAGUGCGCACCAGCUGCACGUGCUCGACGGCUCCCUGCUACGCGCCGAGCCGGCGGCCGCAAUGAACGCCCUACAAAAGUUCCUCAAGCUGACCCCUCACGUCGACUACAACAAGUUGCUCAAGUACGACCCGAAGAAGGGCUUCUUCUGCCAGGUGACGAGCGGAGAGAAGACCAAAUGUCUCGGCAAGUCAAAGGGCAGGAUAUACCCGCCGAUGGAGGAGCGCUCCGCCAAGUUCCUCAAGCGCUACUACACGCCGCACAACGCGGCGCUGUCGAAGCUGUUGGUGCGCCUGGGCAGGCCGGUGCCGCAGUGGCUGAAGGACGAGCUCUCGAACGGA